UGAGUAUAAGAUCUUGGUUAAGUUCACAUUUUCCCACACUCUGAGAUUCUUGUACUUAAAACACUGCUGGAAUUUUAAGAUCGACUCUUCAAGAAGGAUAUAGCAUUAUAUCAUAUUGGAUAGCUACAGAUUCAUUGCAAAAUGGCUGAAAAAGGCUCAACUUUACUUUCAUCCUCGGCUUCUCAUGCUCGCAGGACUAACAAACCUUUGAUGGAAAAACGCAGACGUCAAAGAAUUAAUGAAUGUUUAACAGAGUUGAAAGCCCUUGUGCUGCAGGCAAUGCAAAGAGAUACGUCUCGGUAUUCCAAGUUGGAGAAAGCAGACAUUUUAGAAAUGACGGUGAAACAUCUGAGAAGCAUUCAAAGACAACAAAUGGCAGCUGCUGUCACCAGUGACCCAAGCGUGCUAGGAAAGUAUAGAGCGGGCUUCAAUGAAUGUGCCAACGAGGUGACGCGUUACAUGCGUUCUAUUGACGGAAUUAACGAGGACGUCCGCCUGCACCUCCUGAACCACCUCGCCUCCUGCGCAUACAAAGUCAACCAAGUCACGCCAUCAGAGACGUCAUCGUCUGCGUCAACCGUGCAGCAGACGAUCACAGCUCCACAGACAAUAGCAGCGCCGCAGCAACCACAACCGCAAACUCUCCAGCCAAUCCACGUUCAGAUUCCAAGCGCUUCCCAGUUUACCACCGUGACGACGCCGAGUAUGUUGCCAUGUCAACCACAGCAAACUCAGCAACAGCCUACCGUCUCAUGCCCUCAAAAUGGACUAGUUCAGUCGAACAUCACUGGAUCAUUCCAACUCAUUCCAGGCACGCUUCCAAAUGGACAGGUGGCAUAUAUUCUGCAAAGCCCCAGCCAAAUUCAAAAUGGACAGUUGCUACAACAGCAAUCCAAUGUUAUAAGCCCAGUAAAUAAUGUCACUGCCAUGCCCAUCGUUUUGCAAACAUCACCGAACGUGCAGCAGCAGCAGGGACAACAACAGUUGCAGACGACUUCUCCCACCGUCUUGAACAUUCCCACAAUGCACCAGCUCAGUCCCGCUCAGCAGCAGAAGCAGACAACAGUUGAAUCUGGUUUGGCGCCACUGACAAACUUUUGUAAAGUUGAUGGAAACAACAAUGGACAUAGUUUUGUAAACGCUGAGCUCAACAGAAAUGACAGAAUGUGGAGACCAUGGUGAAAUACUUUUUUUUCACAUUCACGGACUUUUCGUCUCAUUUCGGACAUUUUCGUCCAACUUCGACAUUGCCAUGACACUUUGCAACUGGUUGCAAGAGAAUUUUUCAUUUAUACAUAUAUAUUUUUAUUUCAUUAAAGAAAGAAGCUUAACUUUAUAUUGUUUUCAAUAAAAGAUGAACGGUUUUCUCAAA